UAUAAAUAGAACCAGAGUAUCCUCGUUGUCCAGAAAUCCAACGACAACUCUAUUGCCUCCAAGCGUUCACCAUGGCUUCUCAAGCAAGCAACCACCCCCUCAAGCAUGUAUCCCCGCACAUUCUAUCGCUGCUUUCCAAGCUGCAUAACCAAUCCGCAGCCCAAGAAGCUAAUCUGAGUUGGGAUGACUUCGAGCCGGAAGCUGUCGAUGAGAAAAUGCGCGACAAGUUUAUCGCCAUCGAGCAGGACAAGGCCUAUUUUCUCUACCAAAUGGGCCUCGCAACUCAAGCAAAGACCAUUGUCGAGGCUGGCACCUCCUACGGUGUGAGCACCAUCUAUCUCGCCCUGGCCGUUGCAGCCAAUGCCGCAGUUACGGGCGUCCCAGGCAAAGUUAUCGCGACGGAGCACGAGCCUGAAAAAUCUAAGAGAGCUCGAGGGAAUUGGGAUGCAUGCGGAAGCCCUGUCAGCGAUGUCAUUGAGCUGCGAGAGGGUGAUAUCAGGGAGACUUUGAAAUGCGACCUGGGGGAGGUAGACAUGCUACUGCUGGAUAUCUGGGGCCCGAUGCUACUCCCUGUUCUGAAAUUGGUACAGCCAGCAUUGAGACCUGGUGCGGUGAUCAUCGCCGAUAACACGAUCGCUGCUGCAGAGCACUGCAAGGAGCUUCUUGACUACAUGCGAGCUCCAGGAAGCGGUUUUCGGAACCUCACGCUUCCGUUCAACAAUGGGCUCGAAUUGAGCGUGUAUCAACCAUAGGGAUCUCAGUGAGACUGGAUAGCAGGGGUGGAAGGUCGGAUCGAACCAGCAAAUCUGUAUUGAAAAUUGAAGUGUUGAUGCAAGCAUGUUGGUGACAUUGUAACCCGGUAUGCGACUCCAACAGAAACAUAGCCUUAUUGAUGUUGUUUGCCAAUAUCUGAAAGCUCUCACUGUAAGUGGAGGUUAACAAAGCCAUAUUGUAGUAUGAAAGGACACCAGGUCAAGAACAAAGCUAGGUCUUCGAAUAGAAUCGGCGACCCCCGUCUACAGCUGAAACUGCUGUAUAUCGCGACUACAAAUGCUGAAAGAUUCAUGACGUCAUUGACAAAGCACUGUGUAAUUGACAUAACGUCCGUUGCUCGUUCAAGUUAAGAGAGUGCAUUUUUGGUGGCAGCAAAUUGGCUGGUUGUGUCGUCGGAGACAACAUUUUAAAUCCCG